AAUCUCAUUGGAGGCUAGGGGAGAGAAGAGUGCUAUGCAUGUUUCAGGGGGGAAAAUGACAAAAAAAAGAAGCAUCCUACAUGCUGAAGCCAUCUUGGUCUUACUGCUACAACCAGAACAGCACACCAGAGUGUUAUUAAGUGAUUUUGCACAUACCGCUGUAACAAGAGCGAUAUGAUGUCCUCCAAAGUGAAGUGGCUGCUUAUGAUCCAGCUCCUGCUGGUUGACCAGGCUCUGUGCAGGGUCCCUCCUUUUCCGGCGCCAAGAAACAAACUUCUUCCACAAACUGACUUUCAGGAAGACUUAGAGGAGACAGCCAAACAUGAUCAUCUCACUCUCCUUGGAUCCCAGCUCCACCGUGGCCUCACAUCUGCAGAAAAACCUGGUCCUGUAUCAGAGGUUGUGCAAAAAGGGGAGCGAGUUCAUUCUGCAAAACUUAUAAUAUCAGUCCUAAGCGAGAAGCUUCAGGGUCAGAUCCAAGAUCAUCUGCACAUACAGAGGAACAUCAGCUGUAUGGAGCUGCUGUCUGCGAGCACUCUGGAUGACACCUCAUCCUCUAUGCUCCCCCAGGAGCUUCUGGGUCUGUCUUUAGUGCCUGUGCUGGUGGUGGCAGGCUGCACACAGGAGGCUCAUACCCUGGUGCUCAAGCUGUAUGAGCUAUUGGGAGUGAAGGAUACUGGGGAGCUCCUGAUGGAGGUGGAGGAUCUGAUCGAGAGGAGGGUGAGCAAGUCUGAAUCUACACCUGCACCUGCAUCAUCAUCACUGCCAUCAGAGAGGGAUGAAGCAGGACGCCACAUAGAGGCUGUGAUGUUCAACAUCCAGCAGUUGGCCUUGGUGGGAGAAGGAAACAUUAAACAGGAGGGGCACUGUGAGGGCUGGAGCAGGGUGAAUGGAACAACACUGGUGGGAACAGCUGUGGAAGGAGCCACAGGUGAUCUAGAGGAGGCUUUGAGCACCUGUGAGGGACUGGGAGUCCUGUGUGCUGGUGUGACUAGCAGUGGACUGCUCAAGCACAAAAAAUACCAGGUCUUGCUUCGGAAAGGUAGUCGCAUCCUGCCCUCUGAAUCCUCCGAGUCUGAGAGUUGGAUCCGUCAGUGCAGCACAGAGGAGGAUGUUUUCACUCCAGCAGGUUCAAGCCGACGGAUGAAGCGAAGCCCACAGACGAACUGCAUCAACAGGAGCGAGGAGCGUGUGUACAAUGUGAUGGAGUGGAUCCCUGGGGUCAGCACCCUCUAUAACCUCGGCACAGCUGUGUAUUACGCCUCAGUCAACUGCUCUGAAACAGCCAAGGAGAGAGCCAUCCUCAGCGCUGUCGACCUUGGUACGGACGCUAUCAUGGUGGCGACAGGGGGGGCAGCUGGGGUGGCAGGCUAUGCGCUUGGUGCAGGGGUGAAGACUGGGGUAAAAGCCGGUGUGAGGUAUCUGCUCAGUUCUAUGAAGAAGGAAGAUGAUGUGCUGGUGAACCAGUUCAGCUGGGAAGAAGGUGUCAUCACCGUCCAGUAAAAAAGAAGAAACCAACCUAUGAAGCUUCAGCAAUAAAUGUAAUGGGUUAAUGCAUUUUUCUGAUAAGAAUUAACACAUAAUUUUUAUUGACAUAAUUGACACAAUUUGUCAUGAUACUAACUGCUUUUCUUCAACGAAUGCGUUUACCUUCUGAGAAACAAAGUGUAUUUACAUUUUGUUUGAGUGAAAAGUUGAUUCUUCUCCUAUGCAUUGUAAACAUUUUUUAAAAAUACAUGGAAAUUAGCAGGAUCUUAAAGAAGCCUUUGCUUUGAACCGUUUUGCAUUUUCUACAGUGAAUAGUUAAAACAUUUAUCAUGUUAAGCAGUAUAUUUUGAUAAAAAUGGUCUCAGGAAUUAAACGCUCAAUCCCGUAACAUUAUAAUUCUAUCCUCCCUCAAGUGUAUUUUCUUCUGUUCCCUCUUUGUCAUCACCCUUAUUAUUUUUCUCUUCUUAAAACAUUAUUUCAGCUAAAAGUUACAUUCCCACCUCUGGUGCAAGUGCAGGGACUUUAUUUGUGUUUUGAUUCUCAUUUCCCAAAUGUCAAUAUAUUGUACAAUAAAUCUGUGUGCAUACAGUAA